GCGGAGAGCGCCUCGGGCAGCGAUGCGACCCUCCGGGACGGUGGGGGUCUCGCUCCUGCUGCUGCUGGCCGCGCGCUUCCAGGCGAGCCCGGCGCUGGAGGAGAAGAAAGUUUGCCAAGGCACAAGUAACAAACUCACCCAGUUGGGCACUUAUGAAGACCACUUUCUGAGUCUCCAGAGGAUGUUCAACAACUGUGAAGUGGUCCUUGGGAAUUUGGAAAUUACUUACAUGCAAACGAACUAUGACCUUUCCUUCUUAAAGACCAUUCAGGAAGUGGCUGGCUAUGUGCUCAUCGCCCUCAACACAGUAGAGAAGAUCCCUCUGGAAAACCUGCAGAUCAUCAGGGGAAACGUGCUGUAUGAACACACCCACGCCUUGUCAGUCUUAUCCAACUACGGAGAGAACAGGACGGGGCUGAGGGAGCUGCCGCUGCGCAAUCUACAGGAAAUCCUACAAGGCGCCGUGCGAUUCAGCAACAACCCUGCCCUGUGCAACCUGGAUUCUGUGCAGUGGCAGGACAUUGUUGACAAAGAUUUUCUGAGCAACAUGUCAAUGGACUUUCAGAACAACCCAGGCAAUUGCCAGAAGUGUGAUCCCAGCUGCCCCAAUGGAAGCUGCUGGGGCUCAGGAAAGGAGAACUGCCAGAAACUGACCAAAAUCAUCUGUGCCCAGCAGUGCUCUGGGCGCUGCCGCGGCAAGUCCCCCAGCGACUGCUGCCACAACCAGUGUGCCGCUGGCUGCACCGGGCCCCGAGAGAGCGACUGCCUGGUCUGCCGGAAGUUCCGGGAUGAAGCCACUUGCAAGGACACCUGCCCCCCGCUCAUGCUCUACAACCCCACCACUUACCAGAUGGAUGUCAACCCGGAGGGGAAGUACAGCUUUGGUGCCACCUGUGUGAAGAAAUGUCCCCGGAACUACGUGGUGACAGACCACGGCUCCUGUGUCCGAGCCUGCAGCUCCGACAGCUAUGAAGUGGAGGAGGAUGGCGUCCGGAAGUGUAAAAAGUGUGAUGGGCCUUGUCGCAAAGUUUGUAAUGGAAUAGGAAUUGGUGAAUUUAAAGACACACUUUCCAUAAAUGCCACAAAUAUUAAACACUUCAGAAACUGCACCACAAUCAGUGGAGAUCUUCAUAUCCUGCCAGUAGCAUUUAGGGGCGACUCUUUCACACGUACUCUUCCUUUAGAUCCAAAGGAACUGAAUAUUCUGAAAACAGUAAAAGAAAUCACAGGGUUUCUACUGAUUCAGGCCUGGCCAGAAAACAGGACUGACCUAAACACUUUUGAGAAUCUGGAAAUCAUACGUGGCAGAACAAAGCAACAUGGUCAGUUUUCACUUGCAGUUGUCGGCCUGAACAUAUCGUCCUUGGGAUUACGCUCCCUCAAGGAGAUUAGUGAUGGAGAUGUGAUUGUUUCAGGAAACCGAAACUUGUGCUAUACAAACACAAUAAACUGGAAAAAACUAUUUGGGACCUCAAGUCAAAAAUACAAAAUUAUAAAAAACAGAGAUGAAAGUGACUGCAAAACCAUGGGCCACGUGUGUGAUCCUUUAUGCUCCUCAGAGGGCUGCUGGGGCCCAGAACCCAAAGACUGCUUGUCCUGCCGGAACGUCAGCCGUGGCAAGGAAUGCGUGGAGAAGUGUAACAUUCUGGAGGGGGAGCCCAGGGAGUUUGUGGAAAAUUCCGAGUGCAUACAGUGUCAUCCAGAAUGCCUGCCCCAGGUCAUGAACAUCACCUGCACAGGACGAGGACCAGACAACUGUGUGAAGUGUGCCCACUACAUCGAUGGACCCCACUGUGUCAGGACCUGCCCUGCGGGUGUCAUGGGGGAAAACAACACCCUGGUCUGGAAGUUUGCAGAUGCCAAUCGGGUGUGCCACCUGUGCCAUGCCAACUGUACCUACGGCUGUGAUGGGCCAGGUCUUGAGGGCUGUCCGAAUGGGUCCAAGAUCCCAUCCAUUGCCAUAGGCAUCGUGGGGGGUCUCCUGCUGGUGGUGGUGGUGGCCCUUGGGGUCGGCCUGUUUGUGCGCAGACGUCACAUCGUCCGGAAACGCACCCUGCGAAGAUUGCUCCAGGAGAGAGAGCUUGUAGAGCCCCUGACACCCAGUGGAGAAGCACCCAACCAAGCGCUCUUGAGGAUCUUAAAGGAAACAGAAUUCAAAAAGAUCAAGGUUCUGGGUUCUGGAGCGUUUGGCACAGUGUACAAAGGACUCUGGAUCCCAGAAGGCGAGAAGGUUAAAAUCCCUGUGGCUAUCAAGGAAUUAAGAGAAGCCACUUCUCCAAAGGCCAACAAGGAAAUUCUUGAUGAGGCCUAUGUGAUGGCCAGCGUGGACAACCCCCACGUUUGCCGCCUGCUGGGCAUCUGCCUGACUUCCACCGUCCAGCUCAUCACACAGCUCAUGCCCUUCGGCUGCCUCUUGGACUAUGUCCGUGAGCACAAGGACAACAUCGGCUCCCAGCAUCUGCUCAACUGGUGUGUGCAGAUCGCAAAGGGCAUGAACUACCUGGAGGACCGGCGCUUGGUGCACCGUGACCUGGCAGCCAGGAACGUCCUGGUGAAGACCCCACAGCAUGUCAAGAUCACAGACUUCGGGCUGGCCAAACUGCUGGGUGCUGAUGAGAAGGAGUACCAUGCAGAAGGAGGCAAAGUGCCUAUCAAGUGGAUGGCUUUGGAAUCAAUUUUACACCGAAUUUAUACCCACCAAAGUGAUGUCUGGAGCUAUGGAGUCACUGUUUGGGAGCUGAUGACCUUUGGGUCUAAGCCUUAUGAUGGAAUUCCGGCAAGUGAGAUCUCCACCAUCCUGGAAAAGGGAGAGCGCCUCCCGCAGCCGCCCAUCUGCACCAUUGACGUCUACAUGAUCAUGGUCAAGUGUUGGAUGAUAGACGCGGACAGUCGCCCUAAGUUCCGUGAGCUGAUCAUUGAAUUCACUAAGAUGGCCCGAGACCCCCAGCGCUACCUUGUCAUCCAGGGGGAUGAGAGAAUGCACUUGCCAAGUCCCACAGACUCCAACUUUUACCGCGCCCUAAUGGAUGAGGAGGACAUGGAAGAUGUGGUGGAUGCCGACGAGUAUCUCAUCCCUCAGCAGGGCUUCUUCCAUAGCCCCUCCACCUCUCGGACGCCCCUCCUGAGUUCUCUGAGUGCCACCAGCAACAACUCCACCGUGGCAUGCAUCGAUAGAAAUGGGCAGAGCUGCCCCCUCAAAGAAGACAGUUUCCUGCAGCGGUACAGCUCGGACCCCACCGGCACCCUGCCCGAGGACAGCCUGGAUGACUCCUUCCUCCCCGUGCCUGAAUAUGUAAACCAGUGUGUUCCCAAAAGGCCUGCAGGCUCUGUCCAGAACCCUGUCUAUCACAACCAGCCCCUACAUCCAGCUCCUGGCAGAGACCCUCACUACCAAAACCCCCACAGUAAUGCGGUGGACAACCCUGAGUAUCUCAAUACCACCUGCCCUUCCCACGUCAAUGGCCCCACCCUCUGGGCCCAGUCAGGCAGCCAUCAGACCAGCCUGGACAACCCCGACUACCAGCAGGACUUCUUUCCCAAGGAAACCAAGUCCAAUGGCAUCUUCAAGGGCCCUUCAGCUGAAAAUGCAGAAUACCUUAGGGUAGCACCACCCAGCAGUGAAUUUAUUGGAGCAUGACCAUGGAGAAUAGCCCCAGCCAUAAAAAUUCCACAUGGCUCACCCACCAUGGACCCAACCAUGGCAGCUACUCCUGAUCACCAAGUCCUGAUAACAAAACCUAUGUUCACUAUUGGACCAUGAACUGGUUUUGCCAUAUUUGCUGUGACCAACCAGCCUUUCAGCCAGGAAGCCCUCCACUGGGAUGCACCACAGGGAGUUGCAGGUAUAUUCCUGUGACAUUCCUUUGUCUUCAAACUGUAAGCCUUCCACAAAAUGGCAUCCAGCAAGAAUGUUGUCCAUUUGGACAAAGUUCACCUUUAAAUGAGGUAUAUUUGGAAAAAAAGCACACAACUAUAUAUAUAAGGAGUUUUAUUGCUUGGGGACCUGUGGGGUUUUUAACUAUAAUCAUUGACUUUGUUUUUAAGGGGCUUUUCUAACAAGGAAGAAGCUCACUCAUAGCACUUGAUGCACAAGUUGGUCCAGACCCAACUGUGACCUAGAAGCAAGGGCCAAAGUCUUCCAGCUAACACUUGACUUCACUGGCUCUGUGUCAAGACUCUUCCAUUGUGAGACAAUUAAGCAAACAGGAAGCCCUCCACAUCCCAAGUAGGCAUGAUCGGUACUGUACCCAACCAUGGGUAUACAAAAGGAUAAGCCACUUUGACCAUUCCUGGGUGACAAAGAAAAGGAGGGGAUAGAAUUCUUCCUCAGACUUUUAUAUAAGUGUCUCCAUGGUAUUUGCUCUCCACUCACUGAACUAGUGUUUUCUAAUUGUAAGUAUUAGACUUACUUGUUUAUUUUCCAUUCCGUUGUUUUAAAACUCUAUAUGCUUUCCCUAUCAGCAAGAGGAGACGGUACAUCAGAUAAUGUGAGCAAGGCCAGCUCAUAUUUGAUUCAUCAGCAUUUGGACCAAUAGCCUUUAAUUAAGAUGGAGGACAAUGCAAGAACCCCGAGAUCUGAGUGUCAGAUAAAUGCACGAAGUCCUUUGGGUCAGGAAAUAUAUGAAAGACUCCAAAAAAAAAAAAAAACUUCUUUAAAUACUUAUUUAGCCUCUCCCCAAAAACUAUUUAGUUUAGACAAUUUUCUUUUUACUUCACUUUAAAAGUUUUUAUUCAAAGGGUACUGGGUUGGUCCCUGGUAAGCUGCCCCAAAGCCUCUCCCUGUGCUUUGUGAAUAAAAGCAUCCAGGUUCUGGGGCCACUGUGCAAGAACUUAGAGCCCUCCUACUCUGGGCAACUUUACAGGUGGAAAUAAAGCUAGUAUUAUGUAGAGUGUGCAAUGCAAGUGGUAAAUAUGAAAUUAGAGUUUGAAGUUGAAGAUAAUGCAUUCAGAACACCUACAGGUGCUUUAGAAGAAAAAACCAUUUUUCCUCCUAGUAAUUUCCCUGUCAUUAGGGAUCCAUCUAGUUAGGACUCCGCCUUUUUUUUCUAAUCUGAAUGUCCCUGCAGCCUGAUCAGUCAGUGGCAAUCGUUGGCAGUGUUUUCAGCACUCUUGGUCAGCAACCACCAUUUCAGUUUAUCAAGGAAAAUAUGUUUCAGACAAUAUUUUCAGCUUACAGACACAUACAAAAUUUUCUAUUUGCUUUGAAGUUAUUUUUUGACACUCAGAUGGAUUAGGGUCCCACUGUUUUGUUACCAAAAUGUUUUACUUUGUCUCCAUGGAAAUAUAAACUAUCUUCAAUUUCAUUAUGUUCUCAAAUACUCUUGUAUGUCUGUGCCAGUCCGGACAUUGCUACUAAAGAUACAAAACUAAAUAAAACAUAUUUCCUAUUUCCAAGAAAUUCACAAUUUAGCAAAAAAAAUGAACUGAAGUAUUAACCUUAAAACAGCAUGACAGGUGCCAGGUAAGACAUGCCCACAGGCCCCAGGCAGCACAGAUGCCAGGUGUAUUCGGAGGUGUAUUCAGCCAAGGAACAAUGGAGCUGGGACCAGGGUGUAGCCACAAGGAAGAGAAAGUACAUUCUCUGCGCCGGGACCCCUAACAAAGAAAGAGUCUUCCAUGGAACCACUAGUAAAGUAGGUUUACAGACCACGUUGUCAUCUUCAGGAGCCUGGGAAUUAAGCUUGCAGUGAUCCUCACAUUUCUUAUAUGUGUCCCCAGUGGGGACUUGAAUGAGUAAGAUUAAGCAGCUUUGCUAGGAAUCUGAAACGUAUACCACUGUCAGUAAGCCACUUUUCUUAUUCACCUCAGAACAUCGAGAAAUCUUGUAGUCAGAAGCUCACUCUGCUCUUGGGAACAGCAAUUCAGUUGACUCUCACUCACUUGUUAAGAAACGGGUCAGUCAGGAGGUGCAGGACAACAAUUUGUAGCAUUUUUGUAACUGGAAAUAUUUUUCCUAUACCAUAAUAAAACAGCAACGAUUAUUCAAGUUUUUUUCUUCUCCUUUGUAUUUCACUUUUCCUGCAUAAAAUCUAGUUUCUAAAUUCACUUAAUUUUAAGAUUUUUAUUUCCCUCAAUGUUGUGGCCACGUCUGUCCAGGCAGGAGCAGGGACCUGGUGGUGCUUCAGACCUAAGAGAGUAGAUCCUGGGGCAGGCUGGUGCUGACUGUGGGAGUGUCAGAAGAGGGCUCCCCAGGCCUGCAGGAGAUCCACAGCCCGGCCCUGCUUGGUCACAUUUCAAAGCUAUACUCAGUCCCUGUGUUCUUCAUCAUGGACACCAGACCUGGACGGCCUGUGUGCUGUUUCUUCAGGUCAGUACUAGAGACCUUUCCCAGGGGCCAGCCUCAGAGCUGGCCCUGGAAACUGGGUAAGGUAGGAGUUGAAAGUUAACAUUUACAUUGGGCACUGUCCUUACAUAGGUCUUCUUAUAAACUCUAAGGAGUCCCUUAAUUAAACAUAGGAAAAUAAUUGUGUCAUCUCAUAAAGUAGAACAGAGAUGACUUCUUCCAAAGUCUGAACUUGCUUUCAGUCCAGUUAUUCCUGAUUCAUAACUAGGAGCUCUAUGGGGCCAUCAUGUGGCAACCCUGAUAGCACAGCCAACAAAUAUAUUGAAAAUUCUUAAAUUUGAGCUCUAGCUCUCCCCCAACUACAAACGAAAAUCAGCUGUGACCUGCACAGCCACAGCAGGCACUGGUUCUCAAGUGUAGCUGCCCAGCGAACCUCCUAGAUCCCAGCCAAAAAGUUUCUAAUUGAACUUGUCUCAGAGACAGCCCAGGCUUAGGGACAUUUUAGAGCUCUUCUGGAUUAUUUUGAUGAAAACCAGAAUUUAGGAAACACUUGUGAAAAGGGAAGUCCGUACAGGAAGAGACAGCCUGGUGGCUUCCUGCUCUAUCUACUUCCCUGUAGACCUCAGCUGCACAGUGAGGACAAGCCUGGUAGAUGAUCACCCUCAGCUCCCACCCUCCCUGCCACUGGAACCCCCUGGUCAGCUUAGGAGAAGGGAGCUGGGUUCCUCAGACCAAUGGAAUUGGAACCUAGGGGGUUCCCCACAUGAUAUUCAUGGACAGCCAGAGUUGAACCCUCUUCUUUAAGGCCACCUUUAGUUGUGUGAGCCUGUGCAUCCGUGCCAUGGCCCCAGCCAGGGCAGAGUGAAAACGACUGGGCAUGCUGAGGAUUCCUGGUUCAACAACAGAACCGUGUGUCUGCACUGUGCCACGACUUGGCCUUGAGUGGCCAUUUCCAAAGCCUCCAAUUCCUUGUAACCAACAAUGGAUCCUUGAAGUGGCAAAUACCCAGAUCUGAGUGUUGAUAAAGUGCUGAUACAGUUUGCAUUUUCUAAGAAAUAGUGUUAGAAAAUCAGUCUCUUCCCAGGGAAUGAGCUGCUUAAGUUACAGCUGUUGAAAUCGUCCUUGUGUCUACUUUGUGUUUCUUUCCUUUGAUAAGCACAUGUUUUCAUUGUAAUCAUCUGUUUAUAUUUCUUUGCCUGGGGCUGUAAAACCUCACUGAAUAGAAAUCCCUACUUCUGUUACCAGCAACAACCAGAGUAUCAAGGCACUACAUUUUUGUACUAUUAAAACCACAUUCAGACAGGAUUUUUAAAUGUCAAUCUAUUUUUGUAACUUUUUGGAGGAAUGUUAACUUCUUGAUGUAGCACUGAACUUUGUAAGAUAUAUUUCUAGGAAAACUCACUUUUCUACUACUAAGGAAAUAGUUUACUUUAAAAAGACUACAAUGGAAUCAAAAUUUGAAAGUGAAUUAUUCAUUUAAAGGGGUUAAACUGAAAGAAAAGUUUCUUCUCUCUUCUAAGAUACAACCUCACUGAUGAGCUAAGCUAGGUCAUUAUCCUAAUGAAGAAGAGGAUGGUACUUUUUAUAUUUAUAAAAUUAGAAAGGUUGGAAAGUACAUUUAGACUAGCCUUAAUCUAAAGCAGUUUCUGUUGAGUUUUUGGAAGAGAAUUCUUAUCUGUUAUCACUAAUAAAUGGAUUCAAUUGCAUGUUACUCCACUCAUCUGCCAAUAUGACCCUAUAAAUGUAAGAAAAGCAAUAAUAUAGCACUUUGUUGAUUUAUAUAUACUAAUCUAAGUUUGAGGCAAAUAUUUUUAUUUUUAUAUUUACAGUUGAUAUGCAUCUACCAAUUUAGACUAGAAAUAUCUACAGAUCCCUAAUAUUCAGCAUGUUUUGGUUACUCAAUAUCAUGAUGAAGUCCAUCCAUGGUCUUACCAAGCCUUUCCAUCACCAUGCAGAAGGGAGUCUUAAUCCCAGCUGCACAGCAAUCUUAUAUAAAGAACUUUUGAAAAUCACAAGGCCCAUCUAUACCCAGGUCAAAUAACUGUGAACAUCUAGAGAUGAAACCCAGGCUGUUUCCUAUAUAUAGCUCGUAAUAUCUUUCUGAUGUACUACCAGGGUUGAAAACCACCAACCUAAUAAUUAGCCACAGGAGCCUGGAAUUGCUGGCAAAUUCUGCUGAUGCUGGGACCUCAGGAACAGCUCCCAGCUCCAAAACCACCAAAUCACGUGACCUCAGCAUCUGCCACUGAGCAUCAGGGAACUAGACAGAGGCUCUGGGACAGAUGCCCAAGUACUAAAAAGGAGAGGAUCUAGCCAUCCAUGAAAGAAAGGAAAUGUAGAACAGAUUCCCCUCCUCCAUUUCCUCAAUUAAAGGUAGACUGGUUGUAAAAUAAAGAACAUUCUUGCUGUUUGUGCGAACACCCUCCCUCUAAUAACCAAGUGACCUUCAUUUCCCAAGAUAAAAGAAAACAUUGACUUAGCAGUUACAUCACAAAGGGUAGACGUCAGUAGGCUUGCAUAAGUCGUUGGAUGCUUUCCAGAGUCCAAUAAGAGGAUUCUUGCUUUAAGACACAUUUUUAAUUUUUUCCUAAGUGAUAUCUGGGUUAAAAUCUAAAGCAAUUAAUAUUUCUUUCUCUCCAUGUCUGUCUGCACAACCACAAUACGUCCUUUGAUAUCCCAAGUCCAUCCUGUCUGAAUUGCCGCAGAAUCCCCACCCUGUCACCCAGCAGAUGAAAUAACAAGGUGUAUUUACUUAAAAAAAAAAGUAAAUAAAUAAAAAGACCUUUUAAGUUACUUUGUCUACAAUAUCAUCUUGCUCUACAAUAUAAUCUCUUGGAAAUUAAGAGAUCCUGUGGAUCUGACUAAUGUUAGAGGUGAUUCUGUUACCGGUUAACAAUAGCAAUAACUUCAUCCUGAAAACAAGUGAGCAAUGGCUUCUACAUAUGGUACAUUUUAAUAUUGUAAGUUUUGCUAUGAUGAAAGUAGUAUUUGUACAAAGAAAACACAAGAUUCUCUUUUAUUUGGUUUAUACUGUGGAUCAGAACAUGUUGAUUGUAUAUUGAGUAUUAAAAAUUUUUGAUGUAUAUUAUUCAUUGUUCUUUACUUAUAAAUACCUUAUAAUAAUAAUAUUGUAUUCUUUGUUAACAAUGCAACAGUGUUGUAUUAGUUAUUAAUCAA